UCGCGGUUCAUCACCCUCUUACGACCCCUCCAUCGUCCAGCUCAUUUCUAGUCCUCAAUGUGUGAGCACCCAGGAACGCGUCGUAUCGCUCGCGUCGUUUCCACUUUGAUUGCUGCGUUGGCGCGACUAUUGCUGACGUGCACUCUUCAGCAUGCGUGAAAUCGUUCACCUCCAAACUGGCCAGUGCGGCAACCAAAUCGGUGCCAAGUUUUGGGAGGUCGUCUCAGAUGAGCACGGUAUCGAGCCGGAUGGGAUGUACAAGGGUACGAACGAUGAGCAGCUUGAGCGGAUCAACGUGUACUACAACGAGGUCGGCGCGAACAAGUACGUUCCGCGCGCGGUCCUGGUCGACCUGGAGCCCGGUACCAUGGACUCCGUCCGGUCUGGUCCCCUCGGCAGCCUCUUCCGUCCCGAUAACUUCGUCUUUGGCCAGAGCGGAGCCGGUAACAACUGGGCGAAAGGACAUUACACAGAGGGUGCGGAGCUCGUGGACUCCGUCCUCGACGUCGUUCGCAAGGAGGCUGAGGGUACCGACGCGUUGCAGGGCUUCCAGAUCACCCACUCGCUUGGUGGUGGUACCGGUGCUGGCAUGGGUACUCUGCUCAUCUCAAAGAUCCGUGAGGAGUAUCCCGAUCGUAUGAUGGCUACGUACUCCGUUGUCCCCAGUCCGAAGGUCUCGGACACUGUCGUCGAGCCGUACAACGCGACGCUCUCGGUCCACCAGCUUGUCGAGAACUCUGAUGAGACCUUCUGCAUUGACAACGAGGCGCUGUACGACAUCUGCUUCCGGACACUCAAGCUCUCGACACCGACGUACGGUGACCUGAACCACCUGGUCUCCAUCGUCAUGUCGGGUAUCACGACUUGCUUGCGUUUCCCUGGUCAGCUCAACUCUGACCUCCGGAAGCUCGCUGUCAACAUGGUUCCCUUCCCCCGUCUUCACUUCUUCAUGACCGGCUUCGCUCCCCUCACCGCCCGCGGCAGUCAGCAAUACCGUGCCGUCACUGUCCCUGAGCUGACGCAGCAGAUGUUCGACGCCAAGAACAUGAUGGCCGCGUCCGACCCCCGUCACGGUCGCUACCUCACGGUUGCCGCCGUGUUCCGUGGCAAGGUCUCCAUGAAGGAAGUCGAGGAGCAGAUGCAGAACGUGCAGAUCAAGAACUCCGCGUACUUCGUCGAGUGGAUUCCCAACAACGUUCUCACUGCCCAGUGUGACAUUGCUCCCCGGGGCCUCAAGAUGGCCGUCACUUUCUUGGGUAACUCGACUGCCAUUCAGGAGCUCUUCAAGCGUGUGAGCGACCAGUUCACGGCCAUGUUCAAGAGGAAGGCUUUCCUUCAUUGGUACACGCAGGAGGGUAUGGACGAGAUGGAGUUCACCGAGGCCGAGUCGAACAUGCAGGAUCUCGUCGCCGAGUACCAGCAAUACCAGGAUGCUACCGCCGAGGAGGAGGGCGAGUACGAGGAGGAGGUCCCUGUCGACGAGGAGUAAACGUCUCUUCCCUUCUUCCUUGUUGUACAUUGUCGGCGGUGCUCGUUUGAUCCAAAAGCUCUACUAGGUAUUCUCCUUUUAUUGGUCGCUUUCCAAGUUCGUUGCAUGUCUCUACUCUACCCUCGGUCCACGCUGGCACGAAGUUACCCCUAGUCUGCAUACCUGUGUCUUCCGAUCAAUAUCCCCCCCGUAUCAUGAAUUGAUGUCGUUCCCGCGGGUCUGUAGCUCACUCAGGCUGCUCGUUGGAGUGAUCCUCGCUUGUCUGCUAAGAUGUUCCCGACCUCAUCAGACUGAGCAGCGCGCCCAACAUUCCGUGUUUGCGUGUCGUGCAGUGACCGGGCCGUCCUCGUCUAUCCCGGUACGC